AUGGUGUCGCGGAUCUCUGUCGUUUGUUCCGUCGCCCUCGCUCUGGUGUUCGCGGGGCCGAUCCAGUCCGUGUCUGCAGCCAGUCUACUCCCCUACGGCACGGAGCAUGGGGACACGCUCGCGGAUCAGGAUGCGACCUCCGUUACCCUGACAGAGGGCUUCACUUUCCUCGGGGAGUCCUUCACCGUCAUCCGCGUCAAUAGAAAUGGUGCUCUUCAGUUGGGUCCUGACUCAGGGACUGGAGAAAAAUUCAUCGCACCUUUUUUCGGCGACACAGACUCAUCCACAGGUGGCAGUGUGUUUUACCGCUCAACGAGCAAUUCGUCUCUUGUCCAACAUGUGUCGAACAUCGUCACAGCUAAUUUUGCUGGAACGACGGGGCUUAGCCUCAGCUCACUGUUUAUUGCAACUUGGUCCCAAGUCCCUGCCAAUGGGCAGCCUGCAAAUCAGCAAAACAUGUUCCAGUGUGUGCUGGCCUAUGGCAGCUCAGUCACCUACGUCCUCUUCCUCUAUGAGGAGAAUGUAGAGAUGUGGUCCACGCCUGCUGUGGUGGGGUUCAAAAACGGAGUGUCUCGGCAAUUCAUGCUGCCCACGUCAGGAACGGAAGCAGUCCUGGAGAUAGCUCAGAGUGGCAACACAGGACAGGCCGGACGCUGGCUCUUCAGAGUGGACCCAACGCAAGUCUUGCUACCAGGUCCACUAGUUGAACUGGAAACCGUGUCUUCAGUGAAGGAAUCGGCCGGCUCCAAGACUGUCUGCGUCGUUCUCCACCCCAACGCCCCACAAACCGUCGUCUCCCUCAGUCUGCGGGUGGACGGAGUGACUGGACCCAGCCUCUCAUUCUCGACCAGCGGUCGGCAGUGUGCCUCCGUGACAGUCACCGACGACCGAGUGGUUGAGUACGAUGAGAUUCUACACGUAGAGCUGGCCAACUCUGGCAGUGGCGUCGUCACAAUCCUCCCCUCCUCCAUCUACAUCCCUGUCGAGGACGACGACAUGCUGAUUGGCUGGGAGAGUGUGGAUCACCGAGUGUCAGAGGACGUCGGCAGCGUUCAGCUGUGUGCCGUUCUUAACUCCUCUCGGCCGAUUUCUGAACCAGUAACCGUCUCGCUGGAGACUAGAAGAGACGGAGUCCCAGACCAAGAAGAUUUCUCUAUUUCCGACUCUGUGCUCACGUUUGGGCCGGGCACCUCGAGGGCGUGUGUUGACGUGGUCAUCACAGACGACAGUACCGUAGAGGAGGACGAGAGUGUAUCUGUGGUACUCGACGAGGCAGAGAACGACAGGGUUACCCUCUCCCCAGACACUACUGCCACAAUAACCAUCAGUGACAAUGGAGACACUGGUGUCCACUUCAUUGAUACGUCAGGUGUCGCCACUGUCAACCCUGGUUUUAGGCACUGUUUCACAAUCACCAUCGUGAACGACAACAUCUACAACAUUCAAGGCACUGAUUUCACUGGCGUUAUCAGCACCACUGACCCGGCGGUCAGAUUGGACUCCGCCCCCUUCCCGAUUCACAUCAACGACAACGACGCAUCAAAUUUCCGGAUCACCUUCUCUCAGAUGGCAUUCACCGGCUCUGAAGAUGACGACGGCAUGGACGUGUGUGUCUCGAUUGUAAACGGACGUCUGGGGCCAGGCAGCAGUGUCAGAGUGAACUUGACCACCAACACCCGUGCUUUUGUUAUCGACGAAAGUGAAGCAAUGGUGAAGGUCGACUUUGCCAAGGCCGAGAGGAUCAUCACGUUCGACGAAUCCUACACCACUGCUAGUGAGCCUGAGUGUGUUACAGUUCCAAUCUUCGACGAUGACAUUCUGGAGGACCAAGAGACCUACAUUGCGGAGAUCGUGAAGAUGGACCCUAAAACCCAGUGCGAGUGGGAUUUUAUGCGUGGCAUGUGUCACUAUUUCUCCUUUCCCUAUACAGUUGUGCAUGCUGCGGUGGAGAACACACAUGUCAUGGUGGAGGAGAGGAGUGGUGCCAAGGCAGAAGUGUGCCUCCUCAUCUACGAAGAACGCGCCAUCGACCUUGAAAUGAGGGCCCGCACUGUUCCGGGCAAUGCCACCGCCGGUCGAGACUACGUAGGCAGUCCACUGGACGUCGUCUUCUACAGAGACUCCAACAGGGCGUGUGUCUAUGUGCCCAUUCUGAACGAUUUCCUGGUGGAAGAACUGUACGAGACGUUCUUUGUGGAUUUCACGGCCAGUAGCGAGCUGGUUAUCUUCAACGUGAGCCGAGCCACGGUGACCAUCCAAGACAGUGACAUUCUUCGCUACCGAACAGUGGUGGUGGAUUAUUUGACAAGCGUGGACGAGACAGAGUUGUGUUCCUACAACAACAGCGGGCGGGUCUGUAUCGUCACGUCGGGGAGAUUGGACAUCAACGUCGCCAUUUCCUUCCACACGCAGGACGCCACUGCAGUGGCUGGUGAGGACUACGCUCCAUUCAACGAGACCAGAGUCGUGAGGCCCCAGGACAUCGCUGGCGUCAACGAGGGGCUCUGGAACCACUGCUUUCCUUUCUGCACCAAGGACGACAACAUUGUCGAGGGCGACGAGUUCUUCUUCAUCGUCAUAACCCCCCACACUGAUCGGGUUAAGCCGUUUGAUUCCGUCGAGGACAGGUUCAAAAUCACCAUCGAAGACAACGACAUAUUGCGAGUGUAUCCGUCAGAGUCUUCGAUAGCGGUGAGUGAGGGAGAGAGAGAAGUGGAGAUCUGUGCCAACAUGGUCGGGCUGUCGGAGAGGCCAAUUGACAUCGUCCUCACCACCUCCGAUUUCUCUGCCAUGGAGGGCGUUGACUAUGAGAUUGUCAACAGGAGCAUCCACUUCCCGUCCUACCUGAGCGUGUACGGUCACCUCUCAGCGGCCCAGGUCGCCCAGUUUGCCAUCGAUCCUCCGGUCACCACUCAGUGUGUGGCAGUCAGGAUCAUUGACGACGACGUCCUGGAGCAGACUACGUCCAAGAUUUUUCACGUGCAGUUCUCCACAGAGUCUCUGGAGGCAGAUCGCAUAUUCAUAGAGUCUGGGAUCACAGUCACUAUUGAGGAUGAUGACCAGGUGAUUAUGUCACUGGUCCAGGGCACUACGGUGAUUGGCGAGGAAAAUCAGAGAGUCCGCGUCCAACUCAUGCUAAUCGGAUCUGCCGACUUUGAAAUAUCUGCCAGCAUCUCGACUCGCAGCACAGAUGGCCCUAAUUCAGCCACCCCUGACGAGGACUACGAUACAGUGAGGAGUACCAGCGUGGUCCUCCAGGCAGGCUACGCCACUGGAGACCCUCUGGACGUGGAGCUGACUGUUCCCAUCAGAGACGACAACCUCUUUGAGGACACGGAGACCUUCGAGGUGGUCCUCAGCAGCGACAGCGACGGUGUCGUGCUCGGCGCUACCUCCGUGAAGACCGUCCACAUCCUAGACAAUGACUACGUGGAAGUGGGAUUGACAGACGGAGAGUUCCGUGUACUGGAGGGAGACCUCCAUGCCCCAGUCUGCUCCUACCUGAGGGGAGCCACAGAGAAGACUGUCCUCGUGAAUGCAACCACCUCUCCCGGCACAGCAGAAGCUGGAGUGGACUACAGCCCGACUCCAGUCCCAGUCCAAUUUGUGUUUCCUCCGUCGACCGAAGUCCAGCAGAGGCAGUGCAUCCGGUAUUCUGUGGUGGAUGACGACAUUCUGGAAGCAGUCGAGUCGUUCCACGUGGAGAUUGCGACCAACGUCCCCCGCGUUAGUGUCGGUCUGAGUACCGCCACAGUCAGCCUGGUGGACAACGAUGGUGUGUAUGUCUCUCUUUUGGAGCGAGAGCUGAGUGUGGAGGAGGACGCAGCGGCAGACGGAGGAGCCGGGGUCAGCAUGUGCGUCCGGAUGAUGGGCAUCAUACAGAGAGAGGUGGCGAUAAAUGUCUUCACGGAGGCCGGAACUGCUCAAGCUGAUGUCGAUUUUGUCCCCGCCACACACACCGUUGUGUUCACACCCAUGGACCAGGUGAAUCAGACCGAGUGUGCCACCUUCUUCUACCUGGACGACAGCGUCGCCGAAGACACUGAGUUCUUCUUCGUGAACCUCACCACCACCACCACCACCACCGACAACGUGUCUCCCAGCGAGAUCUCAAUCCUCACCAACCGCGCCCGCGUCCAGAUAAUCGACUCCGAUCGACUCUCCAUUCAGUUUGAGCACUCGACUUACUCGGUCACCGAGGGGGAAGACGAGGAGCUCGAAGUGUGCGUGGAGCUCGGGGCACGCAUGGAGAAAGAGAUCACUGUCCAGUUUUCUGCCGUGGCCGAAACGGCACAGCACUACUCGGACUUCUCGCAGGUGGACAGUCAGCUCACUUUCCGUGCCAGCGGUUCUACCCGCGAGUGCACCCUUAUCCGUCUGAUGGAUGACGAGCUCCUGGAAGACAAGGAGCAGUUCGCGGUCUACAUCCUGUUCUCCGACCCCGCCCUCUACGUCCCCGGUCACCCCUCCGUGUCCAACAGCAGUGCAGUGGUGAGCAUCGGGGACAACGACUAUGUCAGCGUGCAGCUCGAGAGCUCGCUGUAUGAGGUUCGCGAGGACGUUGGCGUGGUGUCCGUGUGCAUCAUUCUGAAUGGAACCACUGGCAAAGAGGUGUUCAUCUCCUUCACAUCCAUGCAAGGCACUGCCCAGAACGUCUCUGAUUCAGGUCGUCGGGACUUUAGUGCAGCACCGGAGGAACUGAUGUUCUCAGUAUCGUCGGAGGGGAUCCAGAGACUGUGCGUGAACGUCUUUGUGGAGGACGAUGACAGAGUGGAGGAUGUGGAGACGUUCCACCUGGAGAUCUCAACCAGGGUCCCUCGGAUCAGGAUCACACAGAACAUGGCCACCGUGAGGAUACAGGACGACGACAUGGUCGCCGUGGACAUGACCAGUCGAGAACUGAGUGUGGACGAGGGAGGGGUGGUGAGCGUCUGUGUCAGCAGGAGUGGAGUCAUUGAGAAGACCGUCACUGUCGACCUCUCCCUCGAACCUCGCUCUGCACAAGGUAUAUAUACCAGCAGUUUUGUGACGCUGACACUCAGCUCUUCUUUGAGCUGUCCCGGGUGUGACUUGUUUGCUUUGCCUUUGCCUUGCUGCACCUCUGACACAUACACUGCCUUCUCUCUCCCUGCAGCCGGGUCUGAUUUCACCAACGAGCACAUUCAGAUCCAGUUCUCUCCGUCGUCCGUGGCCCAGCGAAACGAGUGCAGCAACUUCACCACCCGUCAGGACGACGUAGUGGAGCUGACCGAGACCUUUGUCGUGGGACUCUCCUCCUCUGCUCCGUUUGUCAGUGUCGGUCUGAACGAGACCGUGGUGAGCAUCGUGGACUCUGACACCACCUCCGUGGAGUUCGAGAGGUUGUCUUACACUGUCAGCGAGGCCGACGAGACCCUGAGUGUGUGUGUGGUACUCGGAGCUGUCAUAGAGAGGGAGGCCAGCGUUAGACUCAUCACCGGAGAUUCCUCAGCUACCGGCAACUCUGACUUUAACCCCAUUGAUACCGAGUUAACUUUCCAGUCUCUGGGCUCGACUCGGGUCUGUGCAGAUGUUCGUAUCGAGAACGACAAUGCCGUUGAGGACACGGAGCAGUUCUUUGUUUCCCUCCAUGUCACAGACGAGUCCCUCUACACUGGGGACUCAUCUGAUAGUAGCUCUGUCCUCGUGACAAUAUCCGAUAACGACAUGGUGACGGUGAGCUUCGAGAGAGAUGAACUGAGUGUGGAGGAAGAGGAGAGAGAGGUGGAACUCUGCGUUCAUCUGGUGGGAAUCAUUGAGAAGGACGUGAUGGUUUUGCUUGCCCCAGUCCCCGACACUGCACAUGCUGACGCAGACUAUGUUGCUACCAGCCAAAGCAUUCUCUUCCAGCCGAGCCUCUCCAGCAUCAACCAGAACUGCACCACGCUCUCGAUCGUGAACGACGAGCGAGUGGAGAGCAUCGAGAGCUUCUUCGUUCAGCUGGCAACGACAGGGGACGAGCAGGUUAUCCUCGAUCAAGCCCGGACCAGGGUCGUCAUCCACGACACGGACACUGUGUACGUGGACUUUACCGAGUUGACUCACACUGUUAGCGAGGAGGGCGCUGGCGUUACUGUGUGUGUGGAGCUCGAAUCGGAGGUAGACAGCAAGGUCAUAGUUCAACUGGCGACAGACGACGGCACAGCACGCCAGCCGCAAGACUUUGACAGAACGUACGAGGUCCUCCAGUUUGAGCCGCGUGGAGAGACCAGGAAAUGUGUCGCGAUCACGAUCAGAGACGAUGAAAUUGUCGAAGAUGAUGAGCAGUUUCUCGUGUACAUCUUUGAUUCGGAGAGGUCCCGAGUGAGAGAGAAUGAAGGUGGGCGGGGCUAUGUGGAGGUGGUGCAUUCGGGGAGCGGGGGAGAGGUGGAGGUACUGUCGGGAGGCGUGAGGAGCGUGGUGGUGAUUAGAGAUGACGACAGGGUCGUAAUCGGGAUGAUGGUGCCCGAGUACACAGUGGAUGAGAGCAGCAGUGAGGUGACCGUGUGUCUCAAGAUGGAUGGAGAGAUAGAGAGAAAGGUGGCCGUCUCGAUGCGGACUGUGCCAGGCACUGCCAGAGGUGAGGCAGACCCUCUCAUCAACCCUCCAAGCAACGAUUUCUUUGCUGUUACGAGAACAGUGACCUUCAGUCCUCGGUCAGCAACAGAAGAGGAGUGUGUGAGUGUGCAGCUCAUCGACCGACCAGAGGUUGAACCAGACGAGAGAUUUUCAGUCGCUCUCUUCAGCGAUGACCCUGCCGUCAUCCUCCAACCAAAGGAGACCACCAUUCUCAUCCUGGACGACGAUGUUGUGUGUGCGGCAGACAGAACGUCUCACCCUCGUGGAGAGUACUACUGGGCGAAGAGCAGGCCAGGGACGGUAGAGUUGCCAUGCCAACACUCUGAGGAGGGCGUGGCCAAGAGACAGUGCAGUCGCGACGGAAUCUGGGACCACCCCAUCCUCGACGAAUGCUACGGAGACAUUGAAACCGUCUUCCGAUACCUGGAUAAAGUGCCGUUCAGUUGCCUCAGUUUCCACGAGCUGCUGCUGGCUGUGAGGCAGGCGACUAGAGAGAAGGCUUUUGAAGUCAAGUAUGUUUCCAUCGUUGCCCGAUUCUUCAACGACUUUGCCGAGAUCACCAGCCGAGACGGCUACAACACAGAGGUCAUGGUGAGUUUACUCCUUACACCUGUACCCCAUCCAAAUAGCUCGGUCCUCUGGACUAACUCAACUGCGAUCCUCAGUGAUUUUGAGACAGUCAGCGAGCAUGUGGUGGCCAACCCUCACUCCGCCGAUAAGACCAUUACUCACUCCAACAUUGCCUUCUCAUCCUCCCUGGGUGAGAGGGCUGAUCAUGAAAAAGAUGGUGUCAUGAUGAAGUUCUCUGGCAAUACGAAAGCCACUCUCCAAGUGGAAUCAAGUUCAGGGGCCCCAGUCCUGGGAACUAUUGCGCUGCCAGGCUCUCUGUUUCUGUCUCUGGAUGAUAAGGAGCUCACCGAGGUGGGGCUGUGGUUCUCUGUGCACAGGACGGCAAACAUGUUUCCUCUCCUGGACAUCUCCUCGAGAACGACUCAGUCUCCACGCCCGUCAUUUCGGCCACGCUGGGUGGGCAUCACGUGGAGGACCUUCAGGAGCCUGUCCGGUUCACACUUCGCCUCCUCGACCAGGCAUGUUGGCAUCUCAGUCGUUUCUCUCACCUGCUGUCUCAUCAAAAGUGUGACAGAUACCAACUGUGCAUCUUGGGAUUACGAUACUGAAGGUUGGAGCACGUCGGGCUGUAAAACGGAGUCAGUCAAGGAUGGCUACGUCACAUGUUCCUGCAACCACCUCACCAACUUUGCCGCUGUUGGGGCAUCGCUCAUCCCUCCUCAACCUCUGGUUCGAGAGAGGCCCAGUCUGGCUCUCAGCAUUGUGUCUCUGGUGGGAGCCAUGCUGGCCCUCUUGGCUCUCAUACUCACUAUCUUCGCUCUGCUCACUUUCGGUAAACUGAGGAGGCGCCGAACGACCAUCCUGCGAGCCCAGCUCUGCUUCUCUCUGGUGUUCCUUCUCCUGGCCUACGUGGGUCACAUCAUUGUCAAUCACACAGGGACCCUCCCGCAGGACAUUGUGGCACCCUGCGCCGUCAUCUCCACCCUCACACACUACUUCACCCUCACCUCCCUCAUCUGGCUCGGCGCCGAGGCACUCCUCAUGUUCAGGAAGCUGAUGUUUGGAGUGAAACUCGGGGACCUCUCCAACUUUUACUUUGUGUCUGCCUCGGCCACCUCAUGGCUGGUACCGAUCCCGUUUGCUUCCAUACCUGCCGUUCUCAAUAGAGACUGGAUCAUCACAGAGGACCAGUACUGUUUCAUCAGCUCACUGCCGGUGCUUUUGGUCACGUUUGUGAUCCCGGCUACAGUGGCUCUAGUCUUCAACCUCGUCAUCUACUCUGUUGUCAUCUGUGUGUUCAUCAGAUUCAAGUGCAAGAAAGCCCCGCCACUGACCGACGGCAACGCCACCACCACCACCACCGCUUCAAAGAAGAAGAAGAAGAAGCUCACGAAAAAGUCGAGGCGGGAAGCCACUGUCAGACUCAUCUUAAGCUCUCCCGUGACUGGCACACUGUUUGUGCUGGCCUGGAUCUUUGGAGCACUCACUCUGAUCACUGCCGAGGCCUCAAUAGGUUUCCAUCUCCUCUCGGCUCUCUUCUCAGCCGCCCUCGGUUCGUUCAUCUUCAUCUACUACAUUGUCACCGCAAAGGACACCCGCAAGUUGAUCCACGAGGCGUUCUGCGGCAAGCCCAAGAGGAAACCGAAGGCCAACCAGGUCAUUUCAAUGGAGAGUCUGAGCAUGGCAUCAGGUAUGGACGAGUCCGACAGCGACUCUGACUAUCCGGAGAGAGAGCGGCGCUACGGGGAGUUUGACGUGACCUAUGUGGGCCGCAAGGGUGCCCUAAUUGAGCAGAAGUUCUCCGUGCGGUGGGGAGAGGGUGAUGGAGGGGAAGGAAAGGAGGUUGAUGGUGGCGACGACAGGGGGAGCAGGGUUGUCGAGGAGGGACACUCACAGUCUGUCAGUGGGCAAGUCAUCUUUGCAGCCUUCACUCAAUCCUCGACUGAGGGGGAAGACAAGCCGGCAAGAUCAUCAUGCGCCGAGCUAGACACGAGUGGAGGCCAGCCCAGCAGUCUGGAGGCAGUAUUGGAGGAGAAAUCCAAUGGAGAGUGCGGAGGCCUAGAUGACAGUCCUGUGCAUGUGGGAUCACACAGUGGCAGUCAGGAAGACGUCAAUUCAGACGAAGGCUCCCCAAAAGCAUCCACGGCCAGAAAGAACUUUCUCUCGCCUGGAGGACAAGUGGUGUUCGCAGUGACACCCACAACCUAGAAGUCUUACACCCACCAAACCCCAAUAUGUGAUAAAUUAAUAUCUGUCAUCCGUUGUUCAGUGUAUGUCCAAAUUUUCCGAAAUAUUAUGUAAAUCGGCACAAUAAUACUGUCACCCAAGAUCAGUCAUUAUAAUCAUAAUUAUUAUAUUCCCUUUUCAUCAACUGUUCUUACCUG